AUGCCCGCCAAGACGAUCUCGCCCGAAGAGCGGGUGGCCAUCGGUAUCGCCUUUGGCAACUCGUACAGCUCCAUCGCCUGCACCGUCGACGGCAGCCCCGUGGUUAUUGCCAACGAGGAUGGUGACCGUCAGAUCCCGACUGUCCUUUCAUACGUCGAUGGCGAGGAGUACACCGGCAACCAGGCCAAGGCCUUCCUCAUCCGCAACGCCAAGAACACUGUUGUGUCUUUCAAGGACUUCCUUGGCAAGGAGUUCAAGGCGAUCGAUCCUACCCACUGCCACGCGGCUGCCCACCCCCAGGCUGCUGGUGACAGCAUAUCAUUCACCGUCCAGGACAAGGCCGAGGGCGAUGCCUCUACCCUGACAGUAUCCGAGAUCACAACAAGAUACCUGCGCCGCCUGGUACAGUCCGCCUCCGACUACCUCGGAAAGACUGUCAACUCUGCUGUCAUCUCUGUCCCCACCAACUUUUCCGAGAAGCAGCGCGAUGCCCUGAUCAAGGCUGCCAACGAUGCCGACAUCGAGGUCCUCCAGCUCAUCAACGAGCCCGUCUCUUCGGUCCUCGCUUACGACGCCCGCCCCGAGGGUGAGGUCAAGGACAAGAUCGUUGUUGUCGCCGAUCUCGGUGGCUCUCGCUCAGAUGUUGCCGUCAUUGCCUCGAGAGGCGGCCUCUACACCAUCCUCGCUACCGUCCACGACUACGAGUUCCACGGCCUCGCUCUUGACAAGGUUCUGAGGGACCACUUCGCCAAGGAGUUCAUGAAGAAGAACAAGGAUGUCGACCCUCGGGAAGACACCAGGGGUCUGGCCAAGCUCAAGGCCGAGUCCGAGUCUGCCAAGAAGGCGCUCAGCAUCGGCACCAACGCCAGCUUCAGCGUGGAGAGCUUGGCCGAGGGCAUCGACUUCCAGACCACCAUCAACAGGCUUCGGUACGAGACCAUUGCCCGCAAGGUCUUUGAGGGCAUCACCCGCCUCGUCGAGAGCGUCAUCAAGAAGGCCGAGCUCGACGUCCUCGACAUUGACGAGAUCAUCUUGUCCGGCGGCACCGCGCACACUCCCCGCAUCGCCAACAACUUCCGCGCCAUCUUCCCCGAGUCCACCGCCAUCCAGGCGCCCUCGACGAACCCCAGCGCUCUGAACCCCUCGGAGCUCCAGGCCCGUGGCGCCGCUCUCCAGGCCUCUCUGAUCCAGGAGUACGAGUCCGAGGACAUUGAGCAGUCCACACAUCCUGCCGUCGGCACUGUCAAGCACAUCACCAACGCCAUCGGCGUCGUCUCCGUCGAGGACGGCGACGAGGUCUUUGUCCCCGUCAUCGCCCCGGAGACCGCCGUGCCCGCCAGGCGAACAAUCCACAUCGCCGCCCCCAAGGAGGGCGGCGACGUCCUCGUCAAGAUCGUCGAGGGUAACACGCACAUCAAGGUCACCAAGCCGGAAGCCACACCCAAGGAGAACGGCACGAAGGACGACGAGGACUCGGACGAGGACUCCGACUUCGACUCGGACGACGAGGAGCCCGAGGAGCUCCGCGAGAAGGUGUGGAAGAUUGGCACCACCCUGGCCGAGGGCGCCAUCAAGGGCGUCAAGAAGGGCGGCAACGUCGAGGUCACCAUCACUGUUGCCGGCGACCUCGGCGUCACCGUCACGACAAGGGAAGUCGGCGGCAAGGGCGGCAUCCGGGGCACCAUCAAGGCCCCUUAG